AUGCAGCUGGAGCACUGCCUUUCUCCUUCUAUCAUGCUCUCCAAGAAAUUUCUCAAUGUGAGCAGCAGCUACCCACAUUCAGGCGGAUCUGAGCUUGUCUUGCACGAUCAUCCCAUUAUCUCGACCACUGACAACCUGGAGAGAAGUUCACCUUUGAAAAAAAUUACCAGGGGGAUGACGAAUCAGUCAGAUACAGACAAUUUUCCUGACUCCAAGGACUCACCAGGGGACGUCCAGAGAAGUAAACUCUCUCCUGUCUUGGACGGGGUCUCUGAGCUUCGUCACAGUUUCGAUGGCUCUGCUGCAGAUCGCUACCUCCUCUCUCAGUCCAGCCAGCCACAGUCUGCGGCCACUGCUCCCAGUGCCAUGUUCCCGUACCCCGGCCAGCACGGACCGGCGCACCCCGCCUUCUCCAUCGGCAGCCCCAGCCGCUACAUGGCCCACCACCCGGUCAUCACCAACGGAGCCUACAACAGCCUCCUGUCCAACUCCUCACCGCAGGGCUACCCCGCGGCCGGCUACCCCUACCCACAGCAGUACAGCCACUCCUACCAAGGAGCCCCUUUCUACCAGUUCUCUUCCACACAGCCCGGACUGGUACCCGGCAAAGCUCAGGUGUACCUGUGCAACAGGCCCCUCUGGCUGAAAUUUCACCGCCACCAAACGGAGAUGAUCAUCACCAAACAAGGAAGGCGCAUGUUUCCUUUUUUAAGUUUUAACAUUUCUGGUCUCGAUCCCACGGCUCAUUACAAUAUUUUUGUGGAUGUGAUUUUGGCGGAUCCCAAUCACUGGAGGUUUCAAGGAGGCAAAUGGGUUCCUUGCGGCAAAGCGGACACCAAUGUGCAAGGAAAUCGGGUCUAUAUGCAUCCGGAUUCCCCCAACACGGGGGCUCAUUGGAUGCGCCAAGAAAUCUCUUUUGGAAAAUUAAAACUUACAAACAACAAAGGAGCUUCAAACAACAAUGGGCAGAUGGUGGUUUUACAGUCCUUGCAUAAGUACCAGCCCCGCCUGCAUGUGGUGGAAGUGAACGAGGACGGCACGGAGGACACCAGCCAGCCCGGCCGCGUGCAGACGUUCACUUUCCCCGAGACUCAGUUCAUCGCCGUCACCGCCUACCAGAACACCGAUAUUACACAAUUGAAAAUAGAUCACAACCCCUUUGCAAAAGGAUUUCGGGAUAAUUAUGACACGAUCUACACUGGCUGCGACAUGGACCGCCUGACCCCCUCGCCCAACGACUCCCCGCGCUCGCAGAUUGUGCCCGGGGCCCGCUACGCUAUGGCCGGUUCUUUCCUGCAGGACCAGUUCGUGAGCAACUACGCCAAGGCCCGCUUCCACCCCGGUGCGGGCGCGGGCCCCGGGCCGGGCACGGACCGCAGUGUGCCGCACACCAACGGGCUGCUGUCGCCGCAGCAGGCCGAGGACCCGGGCGCGCCGUCGCCGCAGCGCUGGUUUGUGACACCGGCCAACAACCGGCUGGACUUCGCCGCUUCGGCCUACGACACAGCCACGGACUUCGCGGGCAACGCGGCCACGCUGCUCUCGUACGCGGCCGCGGGCGUGAAAGCGCUGCCGCUGCAGGCGGCGGGCUGCACCGGCCGUCCGCUCGGCUACUACGCCGACCCGUCCGGCUGGGGCGCGCGCAGCCCCCCGCAGUACUGCGGCGCCAAGUCGGGCUCGGUGCUGCCCUGCUGGCCCAACAGCGCCGCGGCCGCCGCCCGCAUGGCGGGUGCCAACCCCUAUUUGGGCGAGGAGGCCGAGGGCCUGGCUGCCGAGCGCUCGCCGCUGCCGCCCGGCGCCGCCGAGGACGCCAAGCCCAAGGACCUGUCCGACUCCAGCUGGAUCGAGACGCCCUCCUCCAUCAAGUCCAUCGACUCGAGCGACUCGGGGAUUUACGAGCAGGCCAAGCGGAGGCGGAUCUCACCCGCCGACACGCCGGUGUCCGAGAGCUCGUCGCCGCUCAAGAGCGAGGUGCUGGCCCAGCGGGACUGCGAGAAGAACUGCGCCAAGGACAUAGGCGGCUACUACGGCUUCUACUCGCACAGCUAGGCCGGCCCUGCCCGCCCGGCCCCGCGCCCCGCCGCGGCCCGGCCCCCUCCCGCCUCCCAC